AUGGGGUUUGAUGGUCCUCUCUCUGCACAGGAGCAGAUGUACAUCCUUUAUGAAAUCAAACUGCAGUGCUACCAGAACCUCUCCAACAUCGACCCGGGGACCACAGACGAGGUGUGCCCUCCAGACUGGGAUGGUCUUAUUUGUUGGCCGCAUGGCUCCCCUGGGCUGGUUACCAAGGUCCCCUGCCCAUCGUACAUCUAUGACUUCAAUCACAAAGGCUAUGCUUACAGGAAAUGUGAUGGCAACGGUUCCUGGGUGUUUGUGGAGCGCUGGAACAAGACAUGGACUAAUUAUUCUGAGUGUCUACGUUUCCUUCAGCCCAGUGAUGAAGAAGGGAGACAAGACUUCUUUGAGCGGCUGUAUGUCAUGUAUACCAUUGGUUAUGCUGUAUCCUUCAGCUCUCUGCUAGUGGCCAUCUUCAUCAUUGGAUACUUCAGGCGACUUCACUGCACCAGAAACUACAUCCACAUGCACCUGUUUGUUUCCUUCAUGUUACGGGCCGUCAGCAUUUUCGUCAAGGAUAAAGUCGUCCAUUCCAGCGCUGGCUUGCAGGACUUUGACUCUGCUCUGUUGGACAAUUUGAAAACAGUUACUAUGGCACCACUGGACAAUUCUCAAUAUAUUGGCUGCAAGGUGACGGUGCUGCUCUUCAUCUAUUUCCUGACCACCAACUAUUACUGGAUCCUGGUAGAAGGCCUCUACCUCCACAGUCUCAUCUUCAUGGCCUUCCGAUCAGACUCCAAAUACCUCUGGGGCUUUACACUCAUUGGAUGGGGUGUUCCAGCUCUUUUUGUGGCCCUGUGGGCGAUUGUGAGGGCAACGCUAGCUGAUGCAAGGUGUUGGGAGUUAAGUGCUGGAAACAUUAAGUGGAUCUAUCAGGUUCCUAUCCUGACAGCCAUCGGGCUCAACUUUAUCUUAUUUGUGAACAUCGUUCGAGUAUUGGCCACUAAAAUUCGAGAGACAAAUGCGGGGAGAUACGACACCAGGAAACAAUACAGGAAACUGGCAAAGUCGACCCUUGUGUUGGUGCUGGUGUUUGGCAUCCACUACAUAAUCUUCGUUGGUCUGCCUCAUACAUUUGAGGGACCGAGCUGGGAGGUCCGCAUGUACUGUGAGCUGUUUUUCAACUCCUUCCAGGGUUUCUUUGUAUCCAUUAUUUAUUGCUUCUGCAAUGGGGAGGUCCAGACAGAGAUAAAGAAAACAUGGACCCGCUGGAAUCUGACCUUUGAGUGGGAAGGCCCUGUGGUUUGCGGCCGCUACCGUUAUGGCUCAGUUGUUGUCGGCCUCAAUAACAACAGCACCAGCAGCCAGUCCCACUUGGCAGGUGGUGGCCUCUCCACACGCUCCACCACACUCGUCUCAAGCCGUGUUUAUCGCAGCUCGGGUCCCUCUGUGAUCAGCAUGCACGCCACCCUCCCAGGAUAUGUGAUCAGUAACUCAGACCCAUCUAUACCGGAAGAACCUGAGGACAGCGGCCCAAAGCGGGUGGACGAUAUCUCGCUGAAGGAGACUUUGCCUGUUUUCAAUUCCAGUGCUACAGCCGAGGAUGAGGAGGAAACACUGUAG